AUGUCCAUGUCAAUCGCUAAAUAUGUUGCCUUAGUUGCUGCUGCUGCUUCUGUUGCACAAGCCGACAGAGAAGCUGCCAUGGUUUCUUUGAAAGUUUACAUGGAUGACAUUGGUUCUCACAUGAAAGAAUACCUUUCUAUGCAAAAGGCUAACCCAGAUCAAUCCAUCCCACCAGGAAUUUUAUCUGCUUAUGCUGCCAAGAUGACAGCUAAGGAUGACUCUUAUACCACCUUCUUUUCUAAUAUUGAUGAUUCUUAUAUUCAAUACAUGGUUACUGGUGUCCCAUGGUAUUCUUCUAGAUUAGAACCAGCUAUUGUUUCUGCCUUAGCAUCUGCUGGUUUGAAAGACUCUCAUGCCACUUCUACCUCUUCUUCUUCUUCUCUUACCCCAGUUUUAGCAUCUUCUUCUGCUAGUACUUUCACUUCCUCAUCCUCCCUUACCCCAGUUCUUGCUUCUUCUCCUGCACCUGGUUACCACAAUGGCACUAAUUCGUCUUCUAUUUCAUCUGGUCCUUCCUCAUCUACUUUGACCUCUAUUACUUCUAACAUUUCUGUUGUUACUAAUUCAUCCUCCUCAGCUACUAAAUCUUUGACCUCAAUUAUUAAAUCUUCAUCCUCUGUUACUAAACCAGUUACUACAUCUAUUACUAAAUCUGUCACCAAAUCUGUCACCAAAUCUGUCACUAAGUCUGCAUCUAAAUCUGCCACUAAAUCAUCAUCUUCUGUUACUGUUAGUGAGCAAACUAAAAAUGCUGCUGGUAAGGUUGCUGCUGGUUUAGGUGCUGGUUGUGCUGUUGCUGCCGCUUUGUUGUUAUAG